GUAAAUCGCCUGUCCACCAAUCUGCCGCAGAAGCACCUCAUCUGAGGUCGCCUAAACGAUGAAGGGCGAUCGCCUGGGAUAACGAAGGCGAUCGCUUGGGCGAAUGAGAGGAUACGGCUUCGCGAAGGGGGUGAUCAUCGUCUUUGCUUGCUUCAUUAACGGCAUACAGACAGACAUCUUUCGCGAUAUGAAGGCAACGCUCGCCUCGCUCACGGCAUGCUGCAAGGAUACAGGGAUUGCUAGGGUUCUGCAAGGAGAGCCGACGGGUUGCACAAGAAGUAUCAACGAGGUUCUACGAAUAGAACAACGAGGCCUGCCAGAAGUACCGGCCUGCUGGGCUUCAUAGAAGUCCCAACGGGGAUUACAAGGACUACCGACUGGGAGUACGAGAAG